AUGGAUGACGACGAUUUCAUGGAGGUGAACCUGACGGGUCUCGAUUUGAACCAAGAACCGUCCAACCAGCCUUUGCACCGGGUCCCCAGAUACGGGUCCCUUCUGAACGAGCUCGAAACUGCCCACGACCAGAUAGAGGAGAGGAUUCGCCAGCUGGAGGCUGUCACUGCCCGAGCCAGACAGCGCCAGAGGUGGCGGCAGGCAAGAAAUUCCAUGGAGAUUGGCGGGCCCACGGCUGAUCUCAGCCCCAGAAGCCUCGUCCCUAACAACGGCGGCCCGUCCGGAAGUAGCACCCCAGGAAAGGGUUGCAAAAGGGACAGCUCACAUCUGGUGGCGAAAGCUCUGGAUAUGGAUGUUGAGGUGAAGAAGUCCGAUAAGGAAGGUGGAAGCUUUUACGACUGUAACAUAUGCCUGGACUUGGCUCAAGAGCCCGUCCUCACGUGUUGUGGCCACUUGUUCUGCUGGCCGUGUUUCUACCAAGUGUCGAGCGUGGAUUCGUCGGAUUCUAAAGAAUGCCCUGUCUGUAAAGGGGAAGUAUCCGACAGCACCGUAAUCCCGAUUUACGGCAAUGGAGACGGUGAAAAUAUCUGUGUGACUGAAUCGGGCCUGCAGAUACCUCCGAGGCCUAAGGCCCGUAGAGUCGAGAGUGUGAGGCAACAGCGGGUAACUCAGGGUUUAUCUCACGUGCCAGUUGCUGAGGCACUUAGAAGGAUCAGGAUUAGUAUUGGUGCCAUGGGGAUUCACACGGCCCAGCAGCACGCGGGUGGUGGGGACCACCGGAUAAGAAUCCAUCAAGUCUCACGAGUUUUAUCAGAAAGUGCCGCCUCUCUAUCUUCUCUCUCGUCCGCUCUCAGUAAUGCAGAGAGGUUAGUGGAGGACCUCGAGUCGGUUAUUAAUAAUCGGGUUUUGAGAGGCGAGGCAUCGGUUGAUGCCGGUAUUCUUGCUGCUAGGCCUUUGGGGCCGGACGGGCAGAUGGGUGAUGUGGGCCCGCCUGUGGGGGUGGGGGUGGUCCCUUCUUCGUCUUCUUCGUUGGGUGCUGUUGUUCGGAGAAGGAGCACUGUGUUCCCUCGGGAUCCUCGUGAACCUAGAAGAAGAAGGUUGAACUGA